UCCACCCUCAUUAUAUUAUACACUAUUUUUUUUUUAUUCUAUUUAAUGGGUCUCCCAAAGUGCCUUAACUUUUUAAUACUUGCUUGGUCACUUUAUGUGAUAUGUAACAAGAAGAAUGGAGUAGAAGGGCUUCAUAAAAUAUACCCUCAGCUUCAAUCCAUUUCAGCACCAUCUGUGGGAACACUUCACCAAACUGGAUACCAUUUUCAACCUCCUAGAAAUUGGAUUAAUGAUCCUAAUGCACCUAUGUACUACAAAGGACUCUACCAUCUAUUUUAUCAAUACAAUCCAAAAGGUUCUGUUUGGGGUAACAUUGUGUGGGGCCAUUCAGUAUCAACGGAUCUUAUUAAUUGGAAAGUACUUGAACCUGCCCUCUACCCGGACAAACCAUUUGACCGAUAUGGAGUUUGGUCCGGAUCGGCCACAGUUGUCCCGGGUCGAGGGCCCAUAAUCCUCUAUACCGGUGUUAUUGAUGAGAGGAGUAAUGAAGUACAAUGUUAUGCCAUACCCGCCAAUGCAUCCGACCCAUUUCUUAGAAAAUGGGUCAAACCGGACGAUUACAACCCGAUUGCGAUCAUAGAACAGGGCGUGAACGGGAGCGCGUUUCGCGACCCGACCACGGCCUGGUGGAUAGAUGGACAUUGGAAGAUGCUAGUUGGUGCAAAGAAAAAACAUAGAGGGGAAGCAUAUUUAUACAAUAGUAAGGAUUUUGUGAAUUGGGUUCGGGCCAAACACCCGAUCCAUUCGGUGCCAAAUACGGGUAUGUGGGAAUGCCCGGAUCUUUACCCGGUUUCAUUGAGAUCCAAAAAAGGGUUAGACACAUCCAUAGUUGGGAAUAGUGUCAAACAUGUUCUCAAAAAUAGCCUUGAUGUAACAAGGUAUGAUUAUUACACGGUUGGAACAUAUUUAUGGAAGAAGGAUAAGUAUAUUCCGGAUAACACCUCAGAGGAUGGUUGGGGAGGCCUUAGAUAUGAUUAUGGCAAUUUUUAUGCUUCCAAAUCAUUUUUUGAUCCUAGCAAAAAUAGAAGGAUCAUAUGGGGUUGGGCAAAUGAAUCAGAUUCUACAGAAGAUGAUGUUAAAAAAGGAUGGGCAGGAAUUCAGGGGAUUCCAAGAAGUGUGUGGCUUGAUCCUAGUGGAAGACAGUUAGUACAAUGGCCUGUGGAAGAGUUAAACAAUCUUAGGAAAAAAGAAGUUCAGACAAGCAAUCAAAUACUUCAAAAGGGAGAUUAUUUUGAAGUGAAAGGGAUUACUGCUGCUCAGGCUGAUGUGGAAGUAACAUUCUCAUUCUCAAGUUUGAACAAAGCAGAGCCAUUUGAUCCUAGGUGGGUGAAUGCACAAGAUCUUUGUGCCCAAAAGGGUUCAAAGAUUCAAGGUGGGGUUGGACCAUUUGGCCUUCUAACAUUGGCUUCAAAAAGAUUGGAAGAGUUCACUCCUGUGUUCUUUAGGAUUUUCAAAGCUCCAAAUAAGCAUGUGAUUCUCAUGUGCUCUGAUGCAUCAAGUUCCUCUUUGGCUAAUGAACUGUACAAGCCAUCAUUUGCUGGAUUUGUAGACGUGAAUUUAGCCAAUAAGAAACUUUCUCUUAGGAGUUUGAUUGAUCAUUCCGUCGUGGAAAGUUUUGGAGCCGGAGGAAGAACAAACAUAUUGUCUAGGGUUUAUCCAACCCUAGCAGUGGAUAAUCAUGCUCACUUGUUUGUGUUCAACAAUGGUACUGAGAAGAUCACAGUGAAGAGCUUGAAAGCAUGGAGCAUGAGAUCUGCUAAUAUAAACUGAACUUAGCUAUAAAUCAAUAUAAAUAAAUUCAAUUGAAUAAAUUAAUAUUGAGAUAGUAAAUAAUAUUAUUCCUUGUCUUAUUCUAUAAGUGAAGGUGUAAACUUUUUAGCCUUGUAUUCAUGCAUGGUGGUGCUACCUGCAUUUGAUGCUUAAUUGAUAUACUAAGUUUCUUAACUGAAAUUUGUAAUUUAGGACUAGUUUAAUAAUUAAUAGAUAUUCUACAUGAGCAAUUAUAUU